CCAAACAGUUCUACCACAGCUCCUCAGUGAGCAUUUUACCCUUCUUCUCCAGUUUAUACUACACCGGUCGUUUUUAGGCCUUACCCAGAUUGCUUCCAUUUGCUCGGUGCGCCGGCUAGAGGCUUGACGGGAUUCUGCGGCGGCUGCGAGCCGCAAACCCACAAACCCGCACUCGUCGCUGAUGCCUAUAGCUACAAUGCUGUAGACCGUCUCAACCAAGCACAAACGUCCGGUCACUGCUCCAGGUCACCACCCCUUCCUGAGUUUUCUUCUUUCUAUAGCUUUAGGAACCAUCAUCCAGGCUGAAGAUACGCCUCUUGAAGCUUGAUCGAAAAUGUCUGGUCCCGGAAAGACCGCGCCACGCCUGAUUGCUGAUCUCCUCGCCUACGACCCUCGCUAUGAAACUGCCGCAGGCCGGAAUUAUCUUACAACUCCCCCGCCUCAUUAUGACCCCUCUGCGCCGCCCAAGCCCGCCGUGUACGAGCGCAACUGCAGGCACGAGCUUGGGGUCAAACCUGAGCAGAGCAACUUACCAAGGCUUGAAAUCUUAGCGCACGGUACCUUGACCAAGAUUGCAUGCUUCUGCCAGAAAUGCCGUUGGCAUGUUGACGUCCUGGUCGAUCUGCGCGAGCAUGGCAGCAGAGAUAGCCCUUGCCGGCACACAAGCACGAAUUACCUCCUUCAUCACUUCAUCACCGACCAUGAAGCCAUGCCGUCGUCUUCUGUUGUCCGACCCCAGACUCGCGAAUUCCGAUUCAACUGCUCCGCUCCGAUCUGCCCCGCAACGUUGACCAUUCGCAUGAGCCCACCGUGCUUAACAGACGAGGAGAUAAACCUUCUCACCAACAAAGAUCUGCUCAGAGAGCGGCUGGAAAACGCGCGACGCAUAGCCGGGGAUCGAGCUGAUACCCAAGUUGCACGCCCUAUCGACGGUUUAGACUUCUUACGUACGUAUCUCCGCGAUUCUCUGGAACCGCAAGAAAACAAGAACAGGAUCCCCCUGUUAAAUCGCAAAUUCUUGAAGACAUUCGGCAAAGACUGCGAUGCGCUACUCCACCGGUUAGGGUUCGAGUACAAGAGCGAGCCCGAGGAGGCCUGGAUACUUCCGGCCCUGCCCAAGAAACCGGAGGAUGCUCGAGCGGAUCCCAAUGAGCGUACAUUUGUCGAUGAUGUUCAACAUGAACUCGGCGCCCUUAUCCUCGCCCGGCCUGAAGCAGAGCGUACCGCCAUCAGGCGUCCUGUAGAUCCGCUGCAGCCCGGGCUGAUGUUCAUAAACAGGGCCCUGGGCUGCGAAACGUAUCAAAGAAGAGCAUCGACGGGAACUAGGAGUGCGAGCCGAGAGGAAGACCAUCCAUAUUAUGCCGGCCUUGGUGCACUUAGCGAUUUCUCCGAUAGCCUUCUUUUGUUUGCUUUUACCUGUCAAGCGAGGGCUGAUCCGCUCAACGGGCCAUACUACUUCGAAUGCAUCCAGCAAAUCGCCAUAGGUCGCAAAAGCGAUGACCUUGAGACUUAUGUCCAGGUGCUGGCGUCAGAGGGCUAUGCGAGCAGACAAGAGGUGGCUAAGGCGUAUCGCAUCCUCGGGAUGGACAUAAAUUCUCAUUCUAGCGAAUCUGACGACAAUAUCAUAGGGGUCUUUAGAUCGCGUCUUCAAGAUAUAAGUCCGGACGCCGUUCAGGAGGCCCGAAAUGCACUGAGAGUGAUUGGCGGAGCACGCAUGAGUGAGAAGAUCAGACAAGCCGCGUCGGAUACCAUAGAGACGUACGACCAGGCCUUGUCUUGGUUAGGCCUGGAUGAAGAUCAGACCGACGACUUUGUCCUGUCCAUGUACACAUAUAAGGUGACAGAGAACUACGCUGACAAGGAGAUCGCAAGGAAAGCACUCCGAAUCAUUGCGCAACACCGCCGGAGUGAGCAACUGUGGACUUGGAUGGAUGAUGCUUCGUAUGAUAAACGCCCAGGCAUGGAUAUAGGAACGGCUUACGCUCUGCUCAACGUGCAAGACCGAACAGAACGCCUUGAUCUCGAGACGUUACGCGUAGCGGCCGACUUCCACUCGAGCCAAAACGAAUCAGAAAGGGCAAAGUACGAGGAGGCGUAUCAAGUGAUAUGUCGUGACCAACAACAACGAUUCAACGUUGAGGAAUCCUCCCACAACGUCCCUUUAAGGAAAUAUCCGCUGGAUACUUGGCCCGUCGGUUGCAGGAAUAUCGGAAACACAUGCUAUCUCAACAGCGUGCUGCAGUUCCUCUUCACCAUCAAACCUCUGCGCGAUUACGUGCUUGACUGCGAGCAGCACUUUCAGGAUCUCAGUCCAGAGGGCUUGCAGGCCAAAGGCCGGGUUGGACGCAGUGUUGUGACACGGGAGCAAGCGGACCGCGCACAAAGAUUUGUGUUGGAACUGAGAAAACUUUUCCAGCAAAUGAUCACCGCCAACACAGACCAUGUUCAGCCUGACCUCAAGCUGGCUGCACUUGCCCUAGUGCCCAAGGCUCAACAGGGGCAGACAGGCAAUGUUGCCAAUCUGGUCGCUCAAGAUGGCCCCAUCGAGCCUGAUAUCACUGCUUCUGAAAGCUUACCAGUUUACGGGCCUAUGCCGGAUCCAACAAAAGCCCUUCCAUCACCUCCAGGCUCUGCAAGCGGUCGAGUCGACGUAGACAUGGCAGAUGCUGGAACGCAAAAACCGGAUCAACGCUCAAGUGUUGACGAAGUGGUUGAACCUAACGACCAGUCCAUGGAAAUUGAGCCCGAAAGCGGCGUUCAGCUCAGCACAUCAGCGCCUCCACUUCACCAUGUACAGAGCGACGAACACAGUGCGGAACCGAUGGAGACUGACUCAAAAGAGACCGGAAAUUCCGGCGCACCAAAGCCUCCCUCUCGCCCUCCGCCGGUUCCCCCAAGACCUCUAGAUGCAAAGAGCAUCGAAGGCCUAGCUCAACAACAGGACGCUGCAGAAAUCCUCAUGAACGUUUUUGACAUGCUAUCGUGUGCUUUUGAAGGGGACGGCACGUUGCUGAAAGAUGACGAGCAGUCUGAUAUCAUCAAGAAUAUGUUCUAUUCUGAGGUGACGUCAAUGCGAGCAAAGGAUGGUGUCAAAGGCACCAGCGAAUUGAAAGACCAUCAUCUCGUGUCCCUCGGACGGAGAGAUAGGUCGCUCUAUGCCGCCCUAGAUGAUGAACUUGGCAGCCUUACCGAAGUUGAAGAUGGCCAAGUCAGCAAGUACGACUGCCUUACUCAUCUAUCUCCGAUCUUCAUCGUAAAUGUCCGGCGUCUUCUUUUUGAAGGCGGCACAACCACGAAGGAUGAAGCCCAUCUGAGGCUUGACGAAGUGAUAUUUCUCGACCGAUACCUUGAACAAACGCAGUCCCUCUCCGCACAUACACUUCAAGGACUCCGUGAAGAGCAGUGGCGGCUUCGACGCACACUGAAAGAAUGCGAGCGCAAGAAGGAUAUGCUUCUCAACACCGACUUGAGGAUGACCCUCUCCGAGACCGUUAAUGAAACCGCCGAUUUCCUCCAAGAUCUCAACCAGGUAGAGAGCGAAAAACUGGUUGAUACCGAUGCCGACAGCAUCCCUGCCUUUCCAGACCUCCCUAACCAGCUGCGGGACCGAGCUCGAGAGAUCUCCGAAGAGACUAUACGUGUUCAGGAAGACUUGAAGCAUAUCGAUGACCAGAUUAGUUCUAUCUUCCAGAAUUGCAAAGAUUACCCGUACCGCCUUCAUGCGGUAUUCAUGCACCGUGGGACUGCGAAAUUUGGUCAUUACUGGAUCUACAUCUGGGACGCACAGAAUAAAGUCUGGCGGAGGUACAACGAUGAGUACGUGGAAGAGGUCGCUCCGAGUGAGAUCUACCAAGCGCAGGGUGCUGCCACAUCCACCAGCGUCGUUUACGUCAAAGCAGAUCGGAUCGAAGAGCUUACGGAAGCUGUACAUAGGAGACCGGAGACAGAAGGCCGACAGCAUUCCCCACAACCAAUGCAGCCGACGAGUGAGGAACACCGCGCAGAUGUCCCCGUUAUUAAUGGCGUCGAGGUCACUUAAGGGGAGAUACAAGAUAUUCUCGCGCGGUCGCCCAGCGGUGAGACGACGUAACCACGGAUAGGGCACAGAACUGCGCUUCAGAGGGUGAAGCCCCAGGCUUCUACGUUCGCAUAGUUGCAUGCUCCGGUUGGUUGAGUUUGUCUCUACAGACAUAUAUUUCGACGGGUUGUUGGUACGUGGGUGAUGUCAUUAGGUGACUGUGCACACGUUCCUUCUGCCACCCCCAGGGUAGUCUUUGAUAGGCACGGUGAUAUUCCUUCCACGAUUUCAGGUUGCGGAUGGCGUAGACAUUGUAUAUUGGUAUUGCUUGCGGUGCAUCCUGGGAUCCGGAGAUGAUACCCCGAGCGUAGUCGCAUACAAAGAUUAGAAAAGAAGUGUACUAUCACGCUUG